UAUAGAACGUGGAAGGCCACGACAUUUCUCUUUACCUCUCUCAAACUCUCCUCUUUCCUUCUCCUUUUCUCCAUAAUUUAAUGCUUCAGCUCUCGUGAGGUUCGUUCCUCUGCUCACUGAUUACGCCCACCUUCCUUUCAUUGCUUCCAUAACACAACCCAUCUCAUGAUAUUUGGCCAUACCCCUUUUCUUCCUCCAUCAUUUUUCACACCUUCCUUCUCAUAAAUUCUACCCCAAGAUCCAAAAUCUGCAAAUCCUGAAUCCCAUCUUCAUUUCUCCAAAUGAUUCAGCUAUUGUUCACGGUGAUUGUAUCGGAGAUGGUUCUGAUUUUGCUCUUCUCCUUCAAAACCCCUUUGAGGAAGCUUGUGAUCUUGGCCGUCGAUCGGUUGAAGCGCGGCCGCGGUCCUAUUAUGGUCAAGACCGUCUCCGGAACUGUUCUUAUUGUUCUGCUUUCCAGUGUUUACAGUAUGGUCACGAUCCAGAAGCGUUGGGUCGAUGAUGGUGCCAUCAACCCUACCGAUCAGGUUCUCAUGGUCAAGCAUCUUCUCGAGGCCACGCUCAUGGGGGGCUCUCUAUUCCUGGCACUUAUGAUUGAUAGAUUACAUCAUUAUAUGAGAGAGUUGCGUCUACGGAGAAAAGGGAUGGAAGCUAUCAAAAAGCAGAGUCGGGCGAUGGAGGACGGGAAAGUUAGCAAGUCGGAGGAGAUCAAAGCAUUGGAAGAAGAGAGGAACACCCUGCAGACAAAACUCAAACAGUUGGAAUUGGAACUUGAUUCGAAAACAAAAGAUGUAACAACUUCGGAAGCAAAUGUAGUUGCUUUAAGGAAGCAAUCUGAAGGACUACUUCUUGAGUAUGACCGUUUACUUGAGGAAAACCAGAACCUUCGGGGCCAAUUACAAUCCGUGGAUCACAGAUUGUCUCGAUCAGGAAGCAAGAAGAAUUCUUAAGGAACCCCAUAUAGCAUAGUAGCUUAGCGAAUCUCACUUCUGCAAGUUUUGCGCUUCGAUUUCGCCUCUAUUAUUUAAGAUCUGGGUAUCCCAUGAUGGGUUGCUGAUGGCUGUUUACUUCUUAUAUAUGCACAAUGACAAGAGAAGAUAAGGUUUUUGCUUCUUUGUGUCUGAUUAAAGUAGGAAGGUAAAGCAGUGAAACAAGAAUGGAUUCUACUGAAAAAAAAAAAAUUGUGAUAAAUUCAGGUUUGUAAUAGAGAACACUUUCGCUUCUGUCAUUCUUCUGUAGCUACUUGUUUCUUCUUUACUUAAAUAUUUUGGGGUUUAACCAUGAA